CAUCCAGUCGCAGUUUAUCUCUCUUUCGGCUAGAUUCAGAACCACGGUACCCGGUAAACAUAUUCAAGAUUAUUUCCAGACUCCAGUAUCUCAGGAUGGCCGGCGGCGGGGGCGUGAAACGUACAGCUUCCCCCACUCGAGCUAUUUCGCCGCCUCCACUCAAAAGGAAGGUUGAGUCUACCAUAACUAAAAAAGCUGUUUCCUCCUUCUUUACUCCAGCAUCACAGAAAAAGCCCGAACAGAUCACUUGGCGCAUUGUCAACAACAGUGCCGUCAUUGGCAAGUAUACUUCGGAACUCGGUCACAAAAAUAGUACAGAGAAGCCUAGGAUCGCGGCAUUUGACCUGGAUUCAACGCUCGUCUCGACAGCCUCUGGAAAUACUUUCCCCAGGAAUGGGUCGGAUUGGAAGUGGUGGCAUGAUACAGUACCUGGGAAACUCAAGGAAUUGAACGACAAUGGAUACUACGUGGUGGUCGUAACGAAUCAAAAAAAGAUUAGUCUCAAGAAAGAUCUUAAGAAAGGCCAGAGCGACUCCAAGAGCCUUGUCAACUUCAAGGAGAGGGCGUCGGCUGUCAUGAAGCAACUGGACAUCCCUCUCAGUGUAUAUGCGGCCACAGGGGAUGACGAAUAUAGGAAACCCAGGACAGGUCUAUGGAAGGAGAUGCUCGACGACUAUGAUUUUGAUGUGUCGGGGGUCAAUCUGGCAGAGUCCGUUUUUGUAGGGGACGCUGCUGGACGGCCGAACGAUCAUUCCAUGGUCGACCGCGGAUUUGCACUCAAUGUUAAAGUACCCUUUAAGACGCCCGAGGAGUUCUUCCUCAAUGCUGAUCCAGAGCCACUCGUGGAACCGUUCGAUCCGACAAAAUACCUGCAAGCAGAGCCAACUGACGACGUGGCGCCACCUUUCUCUCGCCAGAGUCCUCUCGAGUUGGUGAUAUUCUGCGGCAGCCCUGGGGCGGGCAAAUCCUCAUUCUACUGGGAAUAUCUAGAACCGCUGAAAUACGAACGAGUCAACCAAGACCUGCUCAAAACUCGCCCUAAGUGCAUCAAAGUGGCAAAGGAACACCUUGCAGCCGGAAGAUCUGUGGUUGUCGACAACACCAACGCCGACCCGGAAACCAGAUCCCACUGGGUAGAAGUCGCUAAGGAAUUCAACGUCCCGAUUCGUUGUGUUUAUUUCACAGCUUCCCCGGCCCUCUGCCGGCAUAACAAUGCGGUCCGUGCCGCAAAUCAAACCUUGAACCCCGAGUCACGCACCCUUCUCCCCGGAAUCGCCUUUGGAGAUUUCCUCCGCCGAUUCAAAGAACCGUCAAUGGAAGAAGGCUUCCAAGACAUCAUCCGCGUGGAAUUCCGCUUCCGAGGAGACGAGACCGCCAAAAGGUUAUGGGGCCAGUACUGGGUGUGAAGACAACUAUUCUAUGUAGUAUCUAACCGCCCAACAAACUCAUUAGCAUUCAUAGAACAUUG